AUGGAGUUUGAUCCUAUGAAUCCACUCGGAACUAGUGAAGAAUACUACGACGACUAUGUAACGCUCUUCCUAGAUCAACCAGACUACAUGCCAGCUAAGGGUUACUCCAAAAGAUUCAACACCACAGAAAGAAAACAAGUAUACGAUAACAUCAUCAGUAAUUCGCGUAAAAUUGAUGAUCCGUUCGUGUCCUUCAUCGCGAUGAAUCACUUUGAUCGAUACAUUUCAAGGCAACCGCCAUUGAACUUGAAAGGUCUUGACAUAGACCUAUCUGCUAGAAGCUGCUUCAAACUUGCUGUCAAGAUGACAAGCUCUUGCUCUUCCACAAAUGCACUUCCAUCCAAGAACAAAAUUGUGAAGAAUGUAGAAGAUCAAAUUAUGGGUGUGUUAGAAGGGAAAACGCGACCAAUAACAGCGUUAUGCUUCCUGGAAUUCUUUGUUCUGAACUUCAACUUGAAUAAUGCACAAAUGAAUCUUGAUCUCAAAGUUGCAGCCAUUCGGAUCAUAAUGAUUUCCCAAAGGGAAAUUAGGGUUUCGGAGUACUUGGCAUCAGUGGUUGCAGCAGCAGCUCUUGUGGUUGCUUCCAAGGAGAUGUUUCCAGCAAGGUAUGAGGAGUUCAAGGAGGCUGUUGCAAAUUCUCCAUUUGUUGACAAGGAUGAAGUGAGACACUGCAUCGACACGAUAAUGCUAGAAUUGCUGCAACCUCUUGGUCCUUGGAGGUCAGCAGCAAUAGAGGUGGGAGUACAGAAAGUUAGGAAGAAGAUUGAAGCUGAAAUUCGAAAGGACAGAAAAUGA